AUGGCGGACACGCUCUAUCAAUCAAUAACCCCGGUCGGUAACACAGAAAUCAGCUGUUUUUGUCACAAACAUGUCAUAAAAAAUUUUUUAGAUAAAUUCAAAUUUCUCCCAAUUGAAUAAGUUUAGGGCACAAUGGACGUCACAUUAUUGGUAGCCUUAGGGUCAGUAAUCCUACUAUUGAUCAUAAGCGUGGCGUUAUUCUUCAAAAAGUCGGACAAACCUAAGGCAGAUGACCGGCCGCGGCCUGGCCCCAACCGUGCCCGCGAAGGCGUCCCCAGGAGAGCCCAGCUGGCCCGCAACCGUGGGGCAAGACUCCGCGCAAAUGCAGCCCCGCAGGAACAGCCCCCGUCCGAUGACGAACUCAACCAAAACGAGGGCCAACGCGAGAUAGAAGUCCCAGACGGGGCCAAAAUCGGGGCUAAAAAGAAGGCGAAGCUCGAAGCCAAAGCCGAGAAAAAAGCGCAACGGGAGGCCGAAGAGCAAAGUCGCGCCGAACGCAAGAAGAAAGAACAGUUAGCCGAUGAAGAAAGGAAGAAAGCUGAGGCGAAGCGCGAAGCUGAGGAGAAACGGCGGGAGGAAGAAGAGCGUAAAGCGAAGGAAGAGAAGGAGAGACGCGAGCAUGAAGAGUACUUGAAGAUGAAGGAGGCCUUCUCGGUUGAGGAGGAGGGUUUUGAGGAAGGGGAGGAAGGCAACGAAAUGAAUCUAUUGCAAGAGUUUGUCGCUUACAUUAAAAACAACAAAGUCGUGGUGAUUGAGGAUUUGGCCGCGCAUUUUAAACUGAAGACGCAGGCGGCCAUUGACAGGAUCAGGGACUUGCAAAAGGAUGAUAUCCUGACGGGGGUUAUAGACGACCGGGGGAAAUUUAUUUACGUGUCUCAGGAGGAGAUGGAGGCUGUGGCCAAGUUUAUAAGGCAAAGGGGGCGAGUCUCGAUUGUGGAACUCGCCGAAAGUAGCAAUAAAUUGAUUAAUUUGGCCCCCGUAGGGGCUAGUGCCACCUAAAUGUUGUAUAUUUGUAAAAAAAAAUGCGAAAUGCGUCUUAAUAAAUUUAUUUCCAUAA